GAGCACGCCUUCAGAAAGAGAGGAGCUACCUCCGAGUUAUUCUUAAUACGCCUUCAUUCUUUGAAACCAAGAGCACCAUCACGUCAUCCCACAUUCUUACAAUCAAUUUCAAAGAAAUCUGUCAAAAUGGAGGAUACCAUCGUAAAUGUCCGAGACAAGGGAGAAAAUGUCCUGAGUUCGGAGGCAGUUCGUUCGGAUGGCAACGGGGGUGAUGGCGGAAGGUUGUUGCACUACGCAGUGGAGACGAAGAGAGCAUUGAAGGCGAGAUUUGCCUACGGAUUUAUUUUCUUUUUGACGAACUUACUGGCUUGGGUUGUCCGGGAUUAUGGGCACCCUGUUACCGCGAAGCUCCAUUAUCUAAAAGAAUGUCACACUGGAAAAGAGUGUCUUCAUACGGAAGCAGUUCUUCGUGUAAGCCUUGGAUGCUUUAUUUUCUUUUUCUGCAUGUUCUUAACGACAUUUACAGCAAGAAAGUUGCAUUACGUCUCUCAUUUAUGGCAUUCUGGGUGGUGGUUCCUGAAGUUUGUCAUAUGGAUUUCAUUGAUGCUGAUCCCUUUCUUCAUUCCUUCAGGUUUUAUUCAGAUAUACGGAGAAGUAGCACGUCUUGGUGCAGGGUACGCAAUUGCAGUCCUUCAUUCAGUUUGCGGGCAGAUAUUUCUUCUCGUCCAAUUGAUAAGUGUGAUUCACUUCAUCCUCUGGUGGAACAGAUGUUGCAUGCCAGAAGAUGAGUUAAAAUACAGCUGCUUCAUGGGGUUAUUCAUAGCAACCGUUUCAUAUAUUGCUGCUCUAUGUGGAAUUUUUCUGAUGUACCUGUGGUUUGCUGGAGGAUCUUCGUUUCUUCUCAACAUAUUUUUCAUUACAUGGACCCUUGUCUUUCUUAAAGCAAUGAUGAUCGUGUCCUUACAUUCCAAGGUUAAUACAGGUCUUUUAUCUUCCGGGAUCAUGGGUUUUUACAUUGUCUUUCUCUGUUGGUCUGCUAUUAGAAGUGAACCUAUCGAUGAGAGAUCCAACAGCAGAAAGCAAGAUUAUUGGAGUGGUGAUUGGACUACCAUUGUUAGCUUUUUAUUUGCUGUUUGUGCAAUUGUCCUGGCAACAUUCUCCACAGGGAUUGAUUCAAAUUCCUUUCAGUUUCUCAAGGAUGAAGUUCAGAAGGAAGAUGAUGUACCUUACAAAUAUGGGUUUUUUCAUGCCAUAUUUUCUCUGGGUGCUAUGUACUUUGCAAUGUUGUUCGUCAGUUGGGAUCUUAAACAUUCAAUAAAGAAAUGGAGCAUUGAUGUUGGUUGGGCAAGCACCUGGGUGAAAAUUGUCAAUGAGUGGUUUGCUGCUACCAUAUACUUGUGGACGCUUGUCUCUCCGCUGGCAAAGAAGCAUUGCAAUGGCUCUGCCGUCGAUGUGCAAGACGCGGUUUGACUCGGUAUCGUACACAAGCGCCCAGUUUGCACCACCAGCAGAAUAUACUGAUCGCCUGUAUUACUUCGUUAAUUUUCUUCUUCUUCCUGUCUUUCGGAAUGAAGGUAUAUACAUGAUACGUUUCUCCAUAAAGCUCUGUUGCUGUGCCUGGAAAUGAGAAAAUUCCCACCCGAAAAACCAAAACAA